CUCAAAUAAUCCAUGGGACUUCUCUUCCAUAACAUUUAUAUCUUCUCUGCCUUUCCAGCAGUAGGCCCUUUCUCCAGAGUAGAAUAUACUAGAUCUCCAUCCCCGAGUCAGGGGGACUUCACUCCUCUCCCCUCAAUCAAUGAGCGCCUAGCCUUCCUCCACCCUUCCCGGGAGCUGUUGGAAUACUACCGCAAGAAGAUUGCUGAAUUUGAUGAAGAACAUGAAGAUUUGAUAAAAAGGCUGGAGAGAUACAAAGAAACUUAUGAUGAGCAGCACAAAUUGCAGUGGGAAGUACGUCAACGAGAAGAAGAGAUUGUGGAGUUGCAAAAGGCUUUGAGUGACAUGCAAGUCUACCUCUUCCAGGAGAGGGAACAUGUCCUUCGUCUUUACUCAGAGAAUGACCGUCUGAAAAUCAGGGAAUUAGAAGAUAGAAAAAAAAUUCAACAUCUUCUGGCUUUAGUGGGAACAGACAAGGGAGAAGUUACAUAUUUUCACAAGGAACCUCCACAUAAGGUCACAGUUCUGCAAAGGCCAGCUAAAUCCAGGGAUCUGCAUGAACAAGAUGGUAUUUCUAGAACAGGCACCAAGAGGAGCACUUCAAAAUCGGCAGCAAGAGCAGAGAAACCAGAAAGUCCUGAGAGAUAUCAGAGAGACAAUCAAACACUCUUACUUCAGGUGGAGGCCCUGCAAGCUCAGAUGGAAGAGCAGACACGAUUAUCCAGGGAACAGCUUGAGGCACUACUAGAGGACAGGCGGAUUCAUAUGGAGGAAGCCAAGGUCCAGCAUCAGAGGGACCAGGACAAGAUUAAAAACAUAACGGAUAAGCUUCAUAAGACCCAAAAUCUUUUGUAUGAGAGUACACGAGACUUCCUCCAGCUGAAGUUUGAUGCUCGAGCCAAUGAGAAAACAUGGAUGGCAGAGAAGGACAGUCUGUUGAGGAAACUUGACAAGGGCCCAGAUCAGCUCAUCAGCAAGAAGACAGAAAGAGAGAAGCAGAGAGACAUCAAGAAGAUUGCUCAGGCAGAUUAUGAAGUUUGGAAAUUCCAUAGUGGAGAAAUAAAGUCACUGCAAGAGCAACUAAUGCAGGAACAGCACCUAUCAAACAUGUACCGAGAGCAGUGUGUCACCUUAGAAGGUGAGCUGGCUAGGAUUCGUGAGGAGGGAGAUGUUGGCAGAGAGCUCUUUAAGGAACGCUCAGAAAAGAUGGGAAAGCGCCUGCAGCUAAUGACUCGGCGAUAUGAGGCCUUGGAAAAGCGGCGUAAUAUGGAAGUGGAAGGUUUCAAGAAUGACAUCAAGCAGCUUCGGCAGAGGCUGAAAGAUGUAGAGAAGCAGCUUUUCAAGGUGACUCUAAAUAUUGGACCAGACCAGGAUCUUGCAAUUCUGCAUGAGGUCCGCCAAGGAAACCGACGAACCCACAAAAUCCAAGGAGAAUUGAAAACAUUAAAGGCAAAAAUUUAUGGCUUAGAGAAUGAACUACGAGUCUGCUGAUGCUGAGGUAUUAGCCAGCAUCCUGUUUGUUAGGAACAGGGCCAUCGCUAGGUUGGAAUAGUCAUCCUUAAGAACAGCUCUUGCCUGUCUGCUUUCUGCUAUCUAACGACAGAAGGCUCGAGGAAAUCUGCAGUUAAUGUCAUGAUAUCAUACACCAGCCAUUCCUUACACACCCAGCUAUGUUGCUGUUUUGGCUGAGAGAUGACACUGAUAAUAUAUCAGUUAUGUACUUUCUAUGUUCAUCUUAUUAGGGUUUUGCUUAAGACUUUAUCUGUGACACUGCAUGCUGGUCUUUAGCUUUAUUUGGAACACAGUACAAACCACAUGUGGAAUUAAUAAUCAUGAAAGGAACUAAUUUUCAAGAUCUGAAUUGCUUGUCUGAUGUUUCUGUAUGUGAGAAGCAGCUUUUAAAGUGAUUAAAUGAUUUUAUGGUGUGUAGACGUUUCAGGACAUAACUGGAAUUUUUCUUAAAAAAAAAAAAAUUAAAUAGAAAGUCAGUAUUGCGUUUGAGUCCCAUCUAACCUUGACAGUGGAGCUGUUCUAAAAUAGCUUCCCUUCCCUUGAUUCCAACCUAAUUGGGACAAACCCUUACUGAUUUAAUAUGGUGGAUAAUCCAUUGUAGAACUCAUGUGAGAACCAGCCACAUCAUCUCCAUUUGUUUUGGAUGUUUUAGUAGGGGUAAAAAAGAUUGCCUCAGAGUCAUCUUCCUCUGCCUUUUCUCCCAGGUUAUCUUAAUGCACAGGAGCCCAUACUAAAAGGCAACUAGUAUCCUCCUUAACAGUUGUAUCAUCUACCUUUGUUGCUUUAAACAAUGCGAUGGUUACAUAACAAUCAUAGCCAGCUUUUGCCCCAGUGUUGCAGUUACUGAACAGUAACAGGGACUGGGGUGGGGGAGCAUGUUUCUACAUGGUCUCUGGUUGUAUGACCAUCUCCACACCAGACAUCAGGUUAUUGCAAUUCUAGAAAACCUUUGAGAGCAUGAAGAGCACUAGAACAUAGCUCCAGCCCAGUUUAUAACUGCAGGGUAAUUAACCUUUUACUGUAUUGGCAGCAAAUUGUGUCCACCUUGUAGACUGAGAGUGGAUCUGUGUUGGAAGGAGGAUUUUGGUGCCUUAAGGUUUCUUACCAUAGCUUCACUUGCUUAAAUGUGACAGAAGCAGAACAUUGCCUUUCUGAAAAAGCCUUCUAUAGGCUACCAGAACUUCCUUCCCAUUUGAAAAGCAAUGAGUGGUGCAUGAAAGCAGGCAGUUUCUCUUAGAUUUAGUAGUGGCCGUAGAGAUCCUCAUUCAGUGUCUGAGAGGCAGGGAAGCAAAAAAAAAAAAACCUUUCUGUGCUGUGAAGAUUUAGAGAAAUAAUUGUUCUCUAUAGUACUGGCUAAGGCAUUUCUUCUAAGGGGAAAAUUCUUCCAAGAAUUCAAGGCCUGCUGCAUUAGUACAUCUUUGUGAAAAGCUUGCUGGCCCCUAUGGUCCUCUAAUGUGGCUUCAGUUGGGCAUAUGUAUUCUGGAAGCCAAACUCCUCAUAAGCAGAGGUUCAGAGGCUUUAAUGUGGCUGGCUGACCACUUGUACGCCUGGAUGCUCAAAUACUUGUUGCAGUCUCUAAAUUCUAAACUGACAAGAGCUUUAAAAUAUGUUCAGCUUAAUGCUGAACUAUUACAAAAAUUGAUUCAUGAAAAGUUCAGGUGCCCACACAACGUGGACAAGCUGAGGAAGGUUAUUAGACUCUGAUGGCAAUAGCAGUUUUGCUAUUUCUUAGUUGAUUAGUACUUUAUCAGAUAAGCUUCCUUUAGCUAGCCACCUUUGUGGAAUAACAUCCUGCUAGUUUGAAGAUGGGAUAUCAAAAAUAUUACCACUGUUCCUGAAAGGCUACUUCUGAAAAAUUACCACAUAAUGAAGUAGAUGCUUAUUUUGCAGAAUCCAUCUACUUCAAAUUCAGUUAACAGGAAGCUAGCAAAUUGGUCUCUUGAACGUGUAGAAAUUGGUUUCUGUUUGCUUGCAAUUCCUGCAAGCUAAAGAGUAGCCUGAGAAAGUAACUUUUCCUCACCUGAAAGCCAUAAAAUGUGUAUGGUUAAAGGCUGUAGGCUUGGACAUCUAGGUCUGUAAGUCCGGGACAAGUAUUGGGGAAAGAAGGAUACAAAUGCUCAACUUCUUGUCUUCCUUACCAAUAUUACUUGAAAGUCUGAAGACUGUAAAAGGGCAGCAUUCCUACUAUACCUGCUGGUACAUCAAAAUCAAAGUGCAGCUCCAACUUUAUUCUUGGUUUGUCACUAGGCUGUGAACCCUUCCUAUGGUGAGCGGAAGAAAUUACACUAGUGCAGAUUUGUAAGUGCAUUUUAUUUGGAAGCUUGAAUAGUUUCUCCAAGGGCAGGAAGUGCAAAGUAUUGUACGUGAAUUUUUUUGUGAUGUCUUCAUGUGACCAUGUGAAAUAUUGCUUUCAUGUUGUUGCCAAAACAAAUGGGGACCUUCAGGCCAAGAGUUGCUUUAAAUAACCAAGACAUCUAUCUACCCUUUAAGAUCUGUCACUGAAGAACUGACAUUUCUAAAGGGUUUUCCUGAAAAAGGUUCAGAGACCCGUAUUAGUCAAAAUAUUCUUCUAUUGUUUUGGGGUUGAAUAUAAAAUAGUUUUAAAAAAUGUACUCCAAAGACUGAUUAUCCUUUUUUGCUAAUUUAAAAGUUAGUAAUGUGUGAUUUGUAUCAUUUCAAUACAACUAAAUGUGAGGUUACGUAUGUAGAGCAAGAAUUUGAACUGUAUCUCCAAAAAGGCUGACCCUUGGAAUGUGGGGACUGACAAGGAUUAGAGGUCACAAAUGGACAAAUGUUGUUCUUGUGAACCUGGAUGCUAAAAUGUUCCCUGUGUAAAUAGGGUAAAGUGGGCAGGAGGUUAAAUUUUGUCAUGUAUAGGAUUUGUGAGAUCAGGAUAGAGUACAUACAUUACAAAAGAAGUUGAAAUACUGGACAAGACAACCACAGAUGAUUCAGCAGAGGAAAAAGACCAUGUAAGAACUCAAAUUGUAUUACAUUAAGACUGAUUAAUAUACAGGUACCUUGAGGGGAAAAAGAAAAACUCACAGAACCUCUUAAUCUCAGGAGGGAACAGCUGAGCAAAAACCAAUAGUCUGAAGCUGUAGUUAAACAUUGGGUAUUGAAAAUAAAGCAUGUCUUUAACAGGAAGAUUUUUUUUUUUUUCCUCACUACAACAACUCUUUGUGGAGGUGACAAGUCCUCCAUCUUCAAAACUAGAAAUGAUUGCACCUCUGGAAAAGUUAACUGUUUUUACUAAGUUACUGGUUCUAACACAUACUCAUGAAAUGUAAUGACAUGUGAAAUGUAUGACAUAUUAAUGGUCCCUUCUGGCUCUAAACCUAUUAAUUUUUUUUUAUAGGCAGUACUGAUAGAAUUUUUUCAGCACUCAUGCACUUGCUUUAAUUAUAGGAAAGUAUGCUGUAUCAGCUCACCCUUCACAGCAAGGUUACACAAGGUCAAAAAAAACCCUCCUCUCCCUAUGCCAGGACUUGCAGUAAUUCUCAGUUUAUGCUGUGACUACAUUUAGAGAGGUAAAUUAACUAUAACCUCAGUUCUGACAGCUGUCAGAAUAUAUCUAAAGUAGUAAUAUAUAGCUGUAUGCAAUCGCUGUACUUGAAAAAUGUUGACAUUAAUAGUAGUAUUUCUUCAGAAACAUUUUACUAAUAUAGAUGGAUUUUCUGCAGGCAGCCUAAUAUUCUGGAAUUGUAGUAUCUCUACAUGUAGGCUAGGAAAUCAUUCUAUGAUAAAAAAUCAGACACUUGUGAGUUAUAGGAGCAAUAUCGUGGUGCACGUCACGUUUUCAGAUCUGUUCCUAUUCAUGAAAAGCUAUGUCAUUCAGUUUUUUAAUUAUAGCACAUGAACAUGUUUAAUUCACUCGCACACACACGUGCACGCACCCCCCUACACCUACCUUCAUGCCCUGAACAGCUAUUCUAAAACUCUUGAGCCUAGCUGUGGAAGUACAUAAAUUUUUAAUGCAUGGACUGGGUUAUCUGCCAGAGUCUACUCAGGUACAGUAUACAGGGUAUGAGAGGUAGAAGUUACAAUGACUUUUGACUGCUGUAUUCAUAGGGUUUAGACACAAAGUUUGUUUCAAUUCUUACUGUAUCAAAAGUCUAGGGUUUUCUAUUUGAAAUAAGCCAUCAGAAGUAACUGAAAUUUAACCCAUGAGAGGGAGGGAAACAUUUCUGAUAUGAUACCUUAAAUACUUGGGGGCAGGGGGUGGACUUGUGGUAGUUCCUGUUCAGCUCAUAGGAACUGUUUGGAGAAAGGGCAUCUUUGAAUAAAGUUAAAGUGGCUGCUCUUCAAAUGAGCUCCAAAUAUAGCUGAAUAAAAAGAGCUUUCAAUGGAGGUUUGAUAUUCACUUAUAUGAAAUUAUACAUUUUAUUUAAUUAUGAGGCUGUGGGACUAAUUACAAAUGGGUAAAUAAGUUAAUUCUCUCUAUUCAGGGAAUGCAGAGGCUUUCUCUACAACAGCAUUUCAAUGCCAAAGCAAAAAAGGCCUGACUACAUAAGGCAUGAAGGUUUUCAUUGCUGAAAUGGAUUCAGUUUGAAAUAAAGAGCUCUGAAUUUAUCCAGGACAUGCUGAAUUUUCCUUGCAGGGAAAGGAGAAAAUUUAGGCAAGGUUUCAGUCAGAUGUGAAAAGAGCUCAUUUUCGAAAAUGAUCAAAGCUUUAGAUGCAUAUCUUUCAUUAGGGUAAUAUGUCUAAAUCCUGAAAAGGCUUUUGAAAAAAAAUCUCAUCUUAAACUGUAUAAAAACCUCUUAUUCUGAUGUGUAGAGCCAGAAGAACUGCAAAUAUGUGCUAGAUAUUGAGAGGUUGUUCUGAAGCCCAGAACAGAGCAGGGGCCUGAAAACAAUUCAGGCGAAUUCACAGGGCAGGACUGACCAGAAAUACUGGGAGGGGUUUGUGUGAAAUCAUGUCCUUGUUGCAGCAGAGAAGGAUGGGCAGGCCCUUCCUGUGGAGUGUUAUCUGGACACCUUAGGCUUGAGGAGACUUCUGAAGAGAGUCCCACUCUGUGAGAAGAGAAAUGCAUGAACGAGAGGCUUUCCACCUAGACAGGUACAGCUGUAUGAGAACGAUGGUGCAAGCCUGAUGCUGCUCAGUCAAAGCCAGAACUGAGGAAGUGUAGUCACCUGAACAGUGAGAACCAAUGAAGAUCUAACCCAAACCCAGGCUCAGGCCCAUCAUGUGAAUAGCGGUAGAAUAACUGUGUUGGUAAAAAUCACGUCCCUUCACAUAACACAGCUGUGUUAGUAAAACCCACCAUAUCAGCACUACUUCCCUUACGGGCAAGAGGGUCAUUUUGCCAGUUCAAUUUGUUAAGGGAGGGAACCACAUCGAUUCCCUUACUGUGAGGUAAACUGCAGCCAUGUUUCCUGUAAGAAACACUUCUGCCUUUGAGCCUCUUAAAUUAGGAAUGCUGAGAUGAAGUUGCUGUUUGCAGUUGAGAGCACAACUAAGGUCAGGAAGAGGGCUGUGGAGUC